UGUUCUUCCGUUUGGUUCGUUUCUCGCACUUCGGCCGUGGCCACAGAAGGGCAGAGAAGGUACAAGCAGUUGCGCUCCCCUGUUUCAGUUGUGGAUUCGGUUCAUCGAACACAACUGUGCCACUUCCUCACUUCCUAUCGUUGUUCGCGUAACGGAUAUGGCAUGUUUGGAGAAUCGCGGAAGGAGCGCAAGUCAAGUAGUCGCGCGAAGCUGGGUGUUCGUAAUCUCGCUGACGGAUGGCGGAAAAAAAAAGGGACGGCCACUGCACGACGUUGGUUGCAGGGCCUUUUGAUUGAGGCUUGUACACAUUAAAUUUGAGUCUAAUGGUGUUAUCUUGAUGCCUGUGUUGCUUCUUGUCCGAGCUGAUGCCGAUCAGGCCGGGAGAUGCCAGCUCAUGAUGUUUGGUGAUCGGUCUAUCUAUAUGGGGUAUGGAGAUGUAAGCACUGUCAUACAUAAUUCGGUAUUUGACGGUGUAGCUUGUCCGGUCCCAGUUCGCAUGAGGGUGGUUGACAGUUGCAUGUACAGACUAGGAAGAGCUAUCGUUAUGAGUUUCCUCGAUGGUGGACUGACGACGUCAUUCUCUUAUCAUCAGGUCAGGGUUCUGACUCAAUACUUUUCAAAUUUGUCAGGACACUUUUGCAUCUCUGUCCCAUCGAUUGCUCGUUCAAUAUGCGUAUAUUAUUGCGGUCAUGAAUCAUUGGGUGACGCCGGAUGGAAAACGUUCCUCAGCGCUGUUGAACGGAUCGAUGAUUGCUUCUAUUCGGGACAGCGAAAGCAGGAUAAUGCCUCCGUGCGAACGUAGACAUAUCAGAGAGGGAAGAGUGGACGAUAGACGAAGCCCAAUGUGAACGUUCCUGAGGGUGCGGCAAGCGCUUUGAGGAGGGGCCAAAGUGUGCAAAU